AGGUGUAUCAUUUAUAUCCUUCCCCCACACUUCGAAAGAUCAAUUCCUUUGAACUGAAUAAUAUGACCGGAGGCAUCAUCAUGUCGAGAUAACUGUUCAUUAAUGCAUCUACAUACGCUUAAAAAAUAUGUCGAGUGUUUUUAAGAAACUGUACAUUCGGUAUGUUUUAUUAUUUAUGUUGUGUCAUUCUGAAGUUUUGAGGUUUUCGUCUGUGAUAGCACAAGACAAUGAUGAGUCACUGGAGUUCAUGUUGUCAGAGGAUGCAGCAUCUGACUCAGAGAACAACCCCAAGUUUGUGGAGUCAGAAGACCUGGAGUCUCUGCCAAAGAGACAGUUCAAGACAGCUGAGAUUGCAGAUGCUGUGAUGGGUACUGAAGCCCCCAUCGAUCUGUCAGACAUUGAGUCCCUUGUCCCCAAAAAUGCCAAAGACUUUCAGUUAGGCUUCUCUCCGCCUUGUGAUGAGAACAGUGUCCAGUGUGGUUCACAUGUUCUGGAUGCUAAAGGAGUGUCACUGGAGGAGAAGAGCACUGAAAUGUCAAAGCAGGUCACCCUCGACAUAGUACGUGUGGAAGCUGCAGCACCUGAGGAGCAGAACACCACAGAAACUGCCAAGACGUACAAGGUGAAUUGUGAUAAGAGGAACAUCACAGGGGUGGACAGUUUCUCUGUGCAGGUCCUCAAUGCUUCACAGGACCUGAUGGAGUUCCUGAAUGCUAACAGCACAGAGUGCUCUGUGGUGCUGUUCUUCACCACCUGGUGCCAGUUCUCUGCCAGCCUGGCUCCUCACUUCAACGCCCUGCCCAGAGUCUUUCCCAGUAUGCACUUCCUGGCACUGGAUGCCUCUCAACACAGCAGCCUGUCUACAAGGUUUGGGACCGUGGCAGUGCCAAACAUCCUCCUAUUCCAGGGGGCCAAACCCAUGGCUCGCUAUAACCACACAGACAGAACAUUGGAGAUGCUCACCGCCUUCAUUUCUAACCAGACAGGAUUUGAAGCCAGCCCUGACAGAAAUGUGACGGAUGCAGACCGCUUGGGGCCCCUCCCCAGUGACCCGGUGAGGAGCGUCGACUGGCUGCUGGUCUUCUCUGUCCUCUUCAUCACAGGCUUCACCAUGUACGCCAUCCUGCGAACGGACAGCAUCCGCUGGCUCAUACCGGGACAGGAGCAUGAGCAUCAGGACUGAAAGAGCACAUAAAGCACUGGAUGUAAACAUUAUUCUGUUCAGCUUGUUAUUAAAGUCAUCUGUUGUUAAUUUUCUUAUGUUUUAAGUGUUUGAUGAAUUGACUACUUGAGCCAUUGUGAUUUAUAAUAAAGAAUUUAAAGAUUU